AGUGAUGACACUCAGCUCCAGUGCUGAGGCGCGCGCGUGCCUCUCUGCUGCACCAGAUUCCUCCUCGUGCAGUUUUAAACAUCACUUUCCAAAAAAGCCACAGCAUUAUAGGAAAUAUUGUUUUUCUUUUCUUACAAAAUAAGAAAUGAAAAGUAAAAUAAAUAAAUGAAUGAAUAUAUUUUAAAAAAUGACUCCAGAAUCAACACGCAGCGUUUAAAGGAAUCCGACGGAUUUUUGUUGUUUUUGUAAAGCGCGCGCGGGAGGUGGAAAAGAAGAGAAGAGCAAAGAAAAGAAAAAAAAACAACAAACAAAAAAAGAAAGAAAGAAAAGCAAAAGGGACGAGCGGAACAUUCCUUUGGAAGUUGGUGAUAAGGGGAUAUUUGUAAAAAAAUAUUUUUUUUUGCGCACGAUGCCGCGUUAUUUGGCGGCUGUGUGGUUCGGUGUGCUCGCGCUGGUCGCGCUCACGGCGGCGCAGAACGACACGGAGCCCAUAGUGCUGGAGGGGAAAUGUCUGGUGGUGUGCGACUCGAACCCGGCCACGGACGCCAAAGGCUCUUCGUCUCCGCUCGGCAUCUCAGUGCGCGCGGCCAACUCUAAGGUUGCGUUCUCAGCUGUGAGGAGCAACAACCACGAGCCGUCCGAGAUGAGCAACAAAACACGGAUCAUCUACUUCGACCAAGUUCUUGUCAACAUAGGAAACUAUUUCACAUUGGACUCUGUAUUUCUGUCACCUCGCAAAGGCAUCUACAGUUUCAACUUUCAUGUUAUUAAAGUAUACCAGAGCCAGACCAUACAGGUGAACCUGAUGUUAAACGGAAAGCCAGUCAUCUCUGCUUUUGCAGGCGACAAAGACGUGACACGAGAGGCUGCUACCAAUGGUGUUCUCCUCUACCUGGACAAGGAGGACAAGGUUUACUUAAAACUAGAAAAGGGAAAUCUUGUGGGUGGGUGGCAGUAUUCCACCUUUUCUGGAUUCCUCGUAUUUCCUCUGUGAAAUUCUGCUGCCAGCUUCUCCAUAUGCCAACAACAUCUCGCCAUUGUUUAACCCGAUCUGUCCAUAUUAACAGGAAGGGGCCUGGACUGGAGGAAUUCCUCCAAACAAUCAUCCAUUUACCGUUUGCCCAAAUGUAAAAAGGACAUUUGGAGAAAUAUCGUUGUGGCAUGUGUGUUCCUGUUUUCACAAUGCAAAGACACAUCUAGGGACCUGCUGCGAGUCUUUGUUGCCUUCAUAAAUUUAAGAAAUCCCGCCCAAAAUAUUUAGUGUCUUUCAAAAGCUGUGGAUUUUUCUUACCAUGCGUCCAAUAUAAGUCACUUUUCUGAUGUCUGUAGGGUCUGUCGAUGUCAUUCGUAAUCCGAUCAUGCAUUUGCAACUGUUUGAUAUGAUAAAGCACUUAUUUCUUUGGAGAAUUCAGGGGGCACAGCAUUUUCUUUGCACAUCAUGAGGAACUCCAGACCAAAUCCAAAAAAUAUUAAUAAUAUAAUAAUAACUAAAUAAAUAUUGGGCCAUUAAAGCUGAUUUAAAGAUUCGGGAGUGUUAGUCCUGAUCUUAUACACUUUAUUCAGGAUCAAAGAAUUAUAUAUCAUUACAAACAUUUUUGUUUAAUUGGGGUAAUGUUUAAUUAAUAAUAAUAAUAAUAAUAAUAAUUAAUAGUAAUAAUAACAAUAAUAAUAAUAUAAUACACUAAUUAUACUAAAAAUUGCUAUUUGUUUACGCAUGUGUUUAUUUAUUUAUUUAUUUAUUUAUUUAUUUAUUUAUUUAUUUAUUUAUUCAUUCAUUUAGUUAUUUAGUUAUUUACAAUUUGUUGAAACACAUUUAUUUUCAUUUGCCAAACCAAAAAAAACAAAAAACGAAGAAGAAGAAACAGAAAACGCCAACUUUUUGUGUGCUUGGGUCAAUUCCUCUAAUGAAAAUACCCACAUGCCUAAAGCAAAUAAAAGUUUAUAUUAGCCUCCAGAACCUACUUUUAGUUCAUUUAAAAUCAUUAGUAAGGAAGAGAAAUAAAAUAUCUUUGUAACUAUGACGCAAAAAGUUUACUUCUAUAUUAUAUUUACAUUUGUGUCCUUUAACUAGCCAGUGGGAUCUCCAAGGAUGUAAACCUUUUGUAUAUCUACUACCAUAAAUAUUAUUUAUAUGGCUAAUGAAUUGUAAUAAAUAUAAGAUGUAUUGGGUAUUUAAAAUGUUUUAUUUUACAGUUGUCUUGCUAUAAAAUCAGAAAGCUGGAUUUCUCAUUCAAAUUCAGCAAUUAUCUUAUUAAAAGCAAAUAAUCCUAACUAAAACAAAUUCAUUUCUCCAAACAUAAGGAACAGUGGUUAAGUGUAAAUUCAGCCAGUGUAUCAAUGAUGUACGUUACUAGAUAUCAAAGAUUAAAAAUGCAUUAUGGAGUGGAUAACAUCUCUAAGGUGAUGAAAAGGUGUAAUUCAUGUGCACCAUAGUGAAUUUUUUCCCUCACAAAGACUAAAAGAAAGAUGUCUUUCUCUUUUCGUCUGUACUGAGCUGUAGUUGGGUGUUGCUCAACUGUUCGUUCUGGAUAAAAUCUCACUGCCAGAAUUCCGUGUAUUUGCAGUGUUCAUGCUGUAUUUUAGAAAUUGAUUGGGUUUUCUUUUGUUCGCACAUUGUAUUUCGUGUUUGCCCGUUUUGCAUUGUAAAAAAAGAUCUUGUGGUUUUUGUCUAUAAAAAGGCGCUGAACUGUUUAUCGAACAUUGAUCACAAACCAUGACGAUAUAUAACGACACUUUUGGAACAACAAAACAUUUGAACUUGAAAUAUCUAUAAUUCAUACCUGGCCUGUUUUAAUUUGUACGCAUCAAAGAUGUUAUUAUUGUAGGAUUAUAUUAUUAUAAUAAUAUAAUAAACAAGUUCACGCUGUGAACUUCAUAUGGAUUGAAAUCAGUGUUGCCAGUUUUGGUGCAAUGGAAGGAUUUUUUAUUCUGCUAGCGGGGACACAUUUUCCUGUUUGGACACUCAAGUAACACUUUGCUGUCAAACGAAUGUAAAUUGCAGUAAGCAUUGCUCGAACCCAGACACCACACAAAUGUGCCUGUCGACUUCAGCUAGGCUGUACUGUCUCCUGAUUUUGAGUAAAUUCUAGUAAACUUUUUCUCUUCAGUGGUACAAUUAUUAGUAACGUACUCAUUCAAGUGAGUUUAUUAAAUUGUAAAUGUACUGUUUUAGGGUUUGGACUGAAGAUGAAACAAACCCUGCAACUUGUCUGUAUCGAAUGAAAGGCAAAACUUAUGCAAUGUGCAUUGUUUUUAGUUCCACUAUAAUCAUAUAGUGCAAUACAAUUUGGCAAAGCUUACUAGACUUUAGAAGUGUACAAAUCACAAAGUGUAUUAUUUGUGUAAAGGCAACAAUUAACGCCAAUGCGUAGACAUUUAAUCAUUAAAGCAAAAUGCAUCCACUUUGCUAUUCCAAAGGCAAAUCUCAAAAAUCCAAUUAAAUCCAAUAAAUCCAUUUGAAGAGUAGAGGCAAUGAUAGGGACAAUAGGUUAUUUAAAAAAAAACAAUCACAAUCACACCAUAAUGGAGUUCAGAGCUCACGCUUACAUUGCUUCAUUAGUUAAAGAAAGCAAAUCAUGCUUAUGCAAUCGUUGCCUGAAUUGUAAUAUGUGAAUGUUUCUCUCUUGUGGCUUCAUGUGCUACUGGCCUUUGCAAUAUUUCAAUUCCACCCCUAAAGUUUCUUAGUUUUGUAUCCAUGUGAUUAUAUAAAUGCAUAAUUUUUUUUUUUGUCCCCCUUGGUUUAGAAAUGAACCUCAAAACUUAAAUAAAACAAUUCCGAGUCAGCAACUGCAUGCCAUUUAAAGAAACUCCUGGACUAGCGUGAACUUGCACAGCUGUUUAAAUAAAAACUCUAUAGAUGACACUGCAAAUUGUCCCCCACCACCCCCUACACCCCAGAAUGCUUUCUCAACUUCUUUUGUCCUAUUUUCAUUGUGCAAUCCUACAUAUUGGAUAGUGAUGAAUAUUUUGUUCUUUUUGUUUUGUUAUUUAUAUCAAAUAAGGACAUUCUUUGCGCUUUUUGUUUUGCGAAUACUCUUUAAUUAAAUGGCACUAUUUAGUUGCAAUGUAGUCAAAGUUUAUAGCUAGGUUAUAUUGUUAAUAAUAAACCACUCUUUUGAAAUUAAGCAAUGGUAAGUUUAAUGUCUGCAUCAGGAACGGCUGUUCAUUUUGGUUUGAUGGCCCAUGCUGAAGCAAGCACUUGACUCAAUAUUGAUUUGUGGUCGGACAAAUGGGUCGUUUAAAGGAACGAUGUCGCAGUGUUUGAUGAACUGACAAGUGAGAGGAUUGUUAGAGAUGGGUUUUUAAUUCAAUCUGACAUCAUAAUGGGAUUAUGGCUGAAAUCUGAUUGUUCUAUCUAGGGAUGCAUCGAUACUGAUACUGGUCUCAAGUGUACAAAGAUCCAAAACCAAAACCCGAUACCACAUCGUAGAAUCUGACGUGCAUUUUGGUGUGCCGGUAAAGAGCUGACAUGAAAUAACUAUGAUCUGGAUGUAUUUUAUACUUAACGAUGGCAGUUAAAGCAAAACAGACUGAGCUCUCUGCUCUGAAUAUAUCCAGAGGCGAUCCUGCAGCAUCUUAUCUAUAAUACAGGGAAGCUGUUAAACAUAAAAUUCAACAUAAAGGGUUUUAAUUGCAAGCAGCACAAAACAGCAACCAACUGCUAUUAUGACUGACUAUCAACUGUUAUAGGUCACUUAGGGAUUCGUACACUAUGGAGGGAAGAGAAGCUGCAUUAAAGCGCUUUUUUAAUGUAAAACAAAAUGCGCUUUUGUCUAAUGGAGGUAACUAAUACACUCCAGUUGAAACGCACUUACAAAUGUUAUAAAUGCAUUUCAUGUUAAACAGAAAUGGAGCUAAAUAAAAUGUUCCAAGACAACCCUGGCCUGAUUGAUUAAAACUACAAAGGUUAACCAAAUCAGUACUGACAAGUACAAACCUUAUAUAGAACUUUGUAGGCUGAAUAAACUGGAAUUGAUGCAUCCUUAAUUGAAGCAAUUGUAUAAUACAAUAUUACUGGUAGUCCCCGAGUUAUGAUUUUACGAUCUUAUGUUAAGACAAAAUUGUAAAAAUAUUUGACAUGGCAAGAAAAUGCAGCAGUGAUGCCUUACUCUUGCCAGCGGUUGACAGAGUUCAACAAGGCAUGCUGAUUAGUCUCAUCAUCUACAAGC